AAGCAGUAUUAUUUACAGAGAAAAUGUCUGUGAACCCGGCGAUUACAGCAGAUACCAGUCAGUCUGCGGAGUACUCUACGGACUAUUCGGUACAGGUUCCCAGUGAUCCGGGUCAUGGAGCGGGUCGGACACGGGAGGUGACGGUUCUGGAGCCCAGCUGCUGCCGGUGCCUACCGCGCGCCGUGCGCAUCACCUUUACGCCCGACUCACUGGAGAGGCUGUACCAGAGCUACUUCCGCCGGCAGAGGCAGAAGAGUUUACUGGUGCUGGUGAUGUUUGCGGCUCUGUUCAACAGUUUCAUCAUCAUCAUGUGUGCGGUGGUGUACACUGAGGACAAACUGGCCAUGGUGGUGGUGGCGGCUGUGGCUCUGGCCGCAGACAUUGUGCUGUAUGUCCUGUGUUUGUUGCAGAAGCUCCCAGCGUCACCGGUUUUACGCGGAGCUGUGCCAUACAUCCUGUGGCUGAUGAUCACAGUCCACGUCUUAUGUUACAUGGGGCUGAACUAUGAGCGUUUCUCCCACGCCAGUGACUCUGUGGGCUGGCAGGCAUUCUUUAGUUUCUCCACGUUUCUGACCCUCCCCUUAAACCUGGUCCCUCUGCUCCUGCUCACAGCCCUGUCCUGCGGGGUGCACACCUUGGUGCUUGGGGUGACCGUGGCGCAAAGAUUUGAUGAAAACCUGCAGGGGCCCAUGUUGGUGAGACAGCUUCUGGCCAAUGUGAUGCUCUACCUGUGUUCAGCCAUGGUGGGUGUGAUGUCAUUCUACAUGGCGGACAGAAAGUACAGAACAGCGUUUCUUGAAGCACGACAGUCACUAGAGGUUAAACUCACUCUGGAGGAGCAAAGUACUCAGCAGGAGGAGUUAUUAUUGUCUAUCCUGCCUAAACACAUAGCUGAUGAGAUGCUUCAGGGUAUGAAAAACCAGGCCAAUCAGAAGGAGGUCCAGCAGCAGCAGUUCAACACCAUGUACAUGUACCGCCAUGAAAACGUCAGUAUCCUGUUUGCUGACAUUGUCGGCUUCACGCAGCUGUCCUCAGCCUGCAGUGCCCAGGAGCUUGUAAAGCUACUUAAUGAACUGUUCGCUAGCUUUGACAAACUGGCAGCGCAACAUCACCAAUUGAGGAUUAAGAUCCUGGGAGAUUGUUACUACUGUAUCUGUGGUCUACCAGACUUCAGAGAGGAUCACGCUGCCUGCUCCAUAAAGAUGGGCCUCGCAAUGGUAGAGGCUAUCUCGUAUGUGCGAGAGAAGACUAAAACUGAGGUGGACAUGCGUGUUGGUGUCCACUCAGGUACUGUUUUGGGAGGAGUCCUCGGGCAAAAACGCUGGCAGUUUGAUGUCUGGUCCACAGACGUCACUGUGGCCAAUAAAAUGGAGUCUGGAGGGAUUCCUGGGCGGGUGCACAUUUCACAGAGCACCAAGGACAGUUUACAUGGAGAGUUUGAACUGGAGGCCGGAAAUGGUGGAGAGAGAUGUGAAUACCUGUUGGAAAAAGGCAUUGAAACCUACCUGGUCCUGGUGUCUAAACAGAAGGGAAAUGCACUCAAUGGAAAUAAACCAGGCACACUGUCAAACAGAAACUCAAACCAGUUGAUUAGCACUACAUCAACUAAUGGCAUUGCAGCUUCACCUCGGACAACGCCCACUGAAUCUAAACAGGAGAGGAGUAAAAUUGUUGAAGAGCAAGUGAUCAACAGACGACUACAGCAGGAGCUCCUGGAAAGAGAAACGCAGCAGAUAAUGAAGGAUCACAAGAUCAAGCCUAUGUCACUGUAUUUUGUUGAUGGGAAGCUGGAAGAACAUUACUCCUCAGAGAAGGAGAAGCGAAGUGGAGCAGCCUUCUCCUGCUGUGCAAUUGUACUGUUGUUCAUCACAGCGAUGCAAGUUUUCAUAGACCCACAGUUGUAUGUGAACUAUGUGACUUUUGCAAUAGGAGAGGUAUUGUUGCUAAUCCUCACAGUCUGCUCCCUUGCUGCUGUCUUCCCCAGGAUAUUCUCCAAGAGGUUGGUGUCUUUCUCUUUGUGGAUCGAUCGUACACGGUGGGCGAGGAACACGUGGGCGAUGGCAGCGAUAUUUGUUCUCACGAUGGCUGUGAUUGCUGACAUGCUCAGCUGUGCUCCACCAUCUCUUCGAGUCUUCAACAGCACCUCUGGCUUUGUGUUGGAGUCUCUGAGUGACAGAAGCUGUGCCGAAAAUCCCAAACAUUACAGCUUCAUGGCUGUGAUGUCGCUCAUUGCAACCGCCAUGCUGGUGCAGGUGAGUCACCUGAUCAAACUGGGCCUCAUGGUGCUGGUCGUCACAGCAACUGGAGCGGUGAAUAUCUACAGCUGGCGCGACCUUUAUGACCUGUAUGACUUCAUACAAUUUGCCAACUAUAGGACAUCCAUAGUGCCAUCCAAGUACCUCAUGACCAUGAUGAUCAUCGUCAUGAUGAUUGGCUUUUAUUUCUUUGCCCGUCAUUUGGAGCAUCAAUCUCGGAAGCUGUUCCUGUGGAAGAUUGGUGUUCAUGAUCAGAAGGAGAAGGUGUUUGAGAUGAGACGCUGGAAUGAAGCACUGGUCACUAAUAUGCUGCCAGAACAUGUGGCCAAACACUUCCUAGGCUCUAAGAAGAGAGAUGAGGAGCUUUACAGCCAGUCUUAUGAUGAAAUUGGUGUGAUGUUUGCUUCCAUCCCCAACUUUUCUGACUUCUACACUGAAGAGAGCAUCAACAACGGAGGCCUGGAGUGUCUCCGGAUUCUCAAUGAGAUCAUCUCGGAUUUUGACAGUUUAUUAGACAGAGACGAGUUCCGCUGUAUCACUAAGAUUAAGACAAUAGGAAGCACAUACAUGGCAGCAUCAGGACUCACCCCAGAGAGCAGCUCUAAUGGAUUAAACUGCCACAAGUCAGAGGAGCCUUCAUUGAUUCAGCGCUGGCAGCAUCUUGCGGACCUGGCUGAGUUUGCGUUGGCUAUGAAAGUCACCCUCAAUAACCUCAACAAACAAUCCUUCAACAACUUCAUGCUUAGAAUCGGGCUCAAUAAGGGAGGAGUACUGGCUGGAGUGAUUGGAGCUCGUAAGCCUCACUAUGACAUCUGGGGCAACACUGUCAAUGUAGCAAGUAGAAUGGAGUCCACUGGAGUAAUGGGAAACAUCCAGGUAGUGGAGGAUUGCUAUAAGAUCCUGAAGGAAUAUAACUUUCGCUUUGUCCGAAGAGGAUCCAUAUUUGUCAAAGGAAAGGGGGAGCUCCUUACUUUCUUCAUGAAAGGCAGAGAUAAACCAGCUAACAAUGGCACCGCUCCUGCGACCACUGCCCUUCCUCACCAAGUGGUGGAUGUAUCUUGAUUUACUUGACUUUAUCAUUAACAUAGUAAUAGGUGUGGAGAAAAGGCUUUGUUUGCACCUAGCAUUAACAUGCAUCCUGAGUGAUCCAACCUCAAGUGGCCAGCUGUGAAUAUGCCUACUCACACCUGACAUUGAAAUGCAAAGCUGACUCAGAAUUAAAGUUUGCUCUGUGUUUUAUGCCACAGACACUAAAGUGGUUGUUUACCUGCAUUUACAGUAGAGGGGGGAAGUAACAUCUGAUAACAAAUGAUCACUCAAAACACAGUUGGGGAUGCAUUUUAAUGCCAGUUCUCUAUUUCUAUCGAAUCCACAUUUUAUUUACCUGCUGUAGAUCUUCUUCACAAAGUCCAUAGUAAUAAUGCACAAGUAGAUUACCAAAACAAAAUAAUCACAACUACAGUGAAACAUGGAAGUGGAAUCUUACGUUCUUGUAUAGAUGUAUAUAUUCUGAAAAUACAGCUGAAUAGUUCACAGAGCUUGGGAGUUAAAGAUUUGUUACGUUGCACUUGGUUCUUAGAGUGCUCUGCAACAAACUAAAAACAGGCAUAUUCAUUACACUGAGCAUUUGUAAAGUAAUGUAGCCUAAUCCAAGUGUAUUUCUACUGUAUCAAUUAAACAGGUUUUAAAUAAGUACACAGUGUUGGUCAGUCUGUUCAUAUAGCAUAACAGUACAGUGCUAAAGAAGAAUAUACAUUUAUCAGCACUAACAUGGACUUUGGAUCACAGACUAAAAACAUCUGCUCUAAGUGAAGGUAGAUCAGAAGAUGAAAAUGUUGCACCAGUG